AUGCCAGGGGUACCCAAAGAGGUCCCCAAGAGGACUCCGCAGCUCAUUCCUGGCUGUGACACAGACGGCCGCACGUACAAGUGUGCCGAAGACAUGUGGGCACAUGAACUCCGUGGGGAUUUGUACGACUCUGAAACCGGAUGGUAUGGGAAGUCGUUGCAAUAUUGGUCAAAAGUGCCGGCAACAGUAAGUGGGGUGUUGGGCGGCAUGGAACACAUUCACGAUGUGGAUGUCAAGGAGUCUCGGGCGUUUAUCACAUCUCUCCCCGACCGUGGCACUGCUCAUGCAUUGGAUUGCGGUGCCGGUAUUGGUCGCAUCACGAAAUGUUUACUCUGCUCCUUGUACACAGUUACCGAUGUCUUGGAGCCUGUGCCCAGCAUGCUUGAGAAAGCCAAAGAAGAGCUCAAAGGCUAUCCGGUGGGAGAAUUUUUACUUUUUUCCAUGGAGACAGUCCAGCUAAAGCCAAACACGUAUGAUCUUAUAGUUAUUCAGUGGACAGCAAUUUACCUAACGGACGAUGAUUUUGUCAAGUUUUUGGCGCACUGUAAAACUGCGCUUACGUCAAAGGGGUAUAUUUUCUUUAAGGAAAACUGUUCCUUUGAUGAACGGUUUGUCGUCGACAAGGAGGACAGUAGUUUGACAAGAUCUGAUGCGCAUUACAAGCGAAUCUUCGCCGCAGCGGGAGUAAAUGUUGUGAAGGAGGCGAUACAGAAUGACUGGCCAGAGGAAUUAUUCAAGGUGAAGAUGUACGCACUGCGUUAA